AGUUUGUGUUCUUGAGAUAAUACACAUUUGCUUAAAGGGUCUGUAUAAAGAGAGGGGCUGAGUAGAAGCAACUGAGUUGAAUUGGGUAUCACAGCUUUCAUUGAGACUUAUUGGUUUCCAUUCAAUGGAUCAUAGAAGAGAUUGUAAGAAAUUUUGUAUUCUGCUUCUCUAUUUCUUUAUUGCAGCUACCCUCUUCACUCACUGUGAUGGAAGGAGAUCAAAGCAAUUGUUCAAGUUUAAAGGUGGUCCCACACUUCAAAGAAGUUCAAAUAUCAAAUCCAUAAAGAAGUUAAGAUUAUCAAACCACUUAAAUGUAGAUCCAUCUUUAGAUUCCACCAAUACCCAACCAUAUGGUGAAAGUUCACCUUUCACUUUGGCACCUUUUGAGUCCUUAGGCCCAAUUCCAUUGCCUGAAGCUAACCCUCCUAAUUGUGUAUAUCCCCCUCCUACAAGCAGUACUCCAACCCCUGAGGUCUAUGCACAACCACCUCCACCAACCACUUCAGGCUUCACACCCAUUUUUCCCAACCCAAGCCCACCUUCAGGCCCAACUAUUACUGUACCUAACCCACCCGAAUGUUACCCGACUCCAAUUCCACCGGAAUCUGGGCUUAGCCCGCCAGAAAUAGUGGUACCGAGUCCACCAGAAUCCGUGCCUAGCCCAUCCGAAUAUUACCCGACUCCAAUUCCACCAGAAUCUGGAUUUAGCCCGCCAGAAAUAGUGGUACCGAGUCCACCAGAAUAUGAGCCCAGUCCCCCAGGUUUUGUUCCUAGCCCACCCAAGUACGUACCAAGUCCCGGAGAAUUUGUUCCGAGUCCGACAAUAGUGUUUCUACCACCAGUCGUGUACCCUCUACCAAAUGUGCCACCCCCUCCUUAUACAGCCCCGGUGAAACGUGUGUGGUGCGUUGCUAAGCCAACGGUUCCUGAUCCGAUUAUUCAAGAAGCCAUGGAUUAUGCUUGUGGGACUGGAGCUGAUUGUGGUUCAAUUCAGACUGAUGGACCCUGUUUCCAACCUGAUACAUUGUAUGCGCAUGCUUCCUACGCUUUCAACAGUUACUGGCAAAGUUCGAAAGUCGCCGGAGGCACUUGCGACUUCGGAGGAACAGCCAUUCUGGUCACUAUGGAUCCAAGUUAUGAUGGGUGCCAUUUCAUUUACUACUGACUAUGCAUCUCUCUGGAAGCAGUUAAGUAAAUUACAGCUUAUUUUGAAGAUUAAAUAAGGCCAUGAAAAGGAAUUAAUUAUCAGUAUUU